GUAGGUAUCUGGGGAGUGAAAGGAGGGAUCUGGUUCUGUUGACAAGGCUGAGGUUGGUCAUUGUGGAUUGGGAAGUGGGUUAUUGUUAGUGUGGAAACACCCAGAUGGGAAAUGUGAAGAAUGUGGAGAGGUAGAGACUGUGAAGCAUGUCCUGUUAUAUUGCAGUCGGUAUGCUGAGGAUAGGAGGACACUUUUCUGUGAGCUGGCUGAGUUGGGUGUAACUGCAUUUUCGCUUGUAACAAUUUUAGGCUCAAAUGACAGGCCUGCACCAACAGUUGAGAGGCUAUUAGAUAUUUAAAUGUGUCAUUCGCACUCCGACCUGAGAACAGCAGCAAUACGCAAUACAGCAUCUAGUCUGCCGUAAACGCACAAGAAGAAGAAAGAGACAUACACAGUAAGCAGAGAACACAAAUAUGCAGACGAUUAAAUGUGUUGUGGUUGGAGAUGGAGCAGUGGGAAAAACCUGCCUUUUGAUUUCAUACACAACCAACAAAUUCCCCUCUGAAUAUGUACCAACAGUGUUUGAUAACUAUGCAGUAACGGUCAUGAUUGGAGGGGAACCAUACACCCUAGGAUUAUUUGAUACUGCGGGUCAGGAGGAUUACGACAGGUUACGGCCUUUGAGCUAUCCCCAGACUGAUGUUUUCCUAGUUUGUUUCUCUAAUGUUUCACCCUCUUCAUUUGAGAAUGUUAAAGAAAAGUGGGUACCUGAAAUCACUCACCACUGUCCCAAGACACCAUUCCUGCUGGUUGGAACUCAGAUUGACCUGAGAGAUGACCCUUCUACAGUAGAGAAGCUGGCCAAGAACAAACAGAAGCCCAUCAGCCCUGAGACAGCUGAGAAGCUCGCCCGCGACCUGAAGGCAGUCAAAUACGUUGAGUGCUCUGCCCUGACACAGAAAGGACUAAAGAAUGUGUUUGAUGAGGCAAUACUGGCUGCCCUGGAGCCUCCGGAACCCAAGAAGAGGCGCAAAUGUGUGCUGCUCUGAGCAUUUCCCCUCUUCUAUUGGUUAGAGCAUUUCAUCAACACUACUUGGAGAAAAGCAAACCAUUAUUGCACAAGAUUACUUCACUCCUAUUGCUAACUGAUAUGAAUACUUUUUAAAUGUUUGCAAAGUAGUGUGUGAACUUAAUUGAACUAGAUUGAUCUCUACUAGAACCUGUGAAAUAUAACCCUCUUACGUAAUACACAUCAUUCCUAGAGCCAUCUCAGAAUUUUUAAGUUAAACAGAUUGGUGGCUGCAACAUCUUGUCAGAAGAGUGUGAGAGGGUCACAGACAGCUGAUGAUUGGGACCAGCGACAACAGGACAAAACAGUUCUACCUUCAAAUGUCAGGACAAUAUUCCCAAAAAGUUAUUUUUUUUAAUGAUUCACCUUUUUUAGGUGGACAUAAUGUUUUCAUGAACACCUGAGGUAAACAUAAAUCCCCUUUCAAUUGGGAAACUGAUCAUAGAUUCUGUAACCGUCGGUAGUAACAAUGAUAUUUUGGUGCCAACCAAGUUACAACAUACAGUAUCUCACAAAAGUGAGUACACCCCUCACAUUUUUGUAAAUGUUUGAGUAUAUCUUUUCAUGUG